GAACACUGUUGGAUUGGAACUAGGAAGUCAUGUGACUGAUAACUAAGUUCAAUCUUUUCUACUUACUGGAAGGGAAGAGCCUGAUGAUGAGUUACUGAUUCUCUUUGUAUUUGUAAACUUUUGAGAUAAUUAAAUCAUGUUCCCACUUAUGCUCUUCUCCACCCUGUUUUCUUCUACAUUUACUGAACCUGGGGAACAACACUGGAUCUGCAACUCCUCUGAUGCGAGUCUUUGGUAUUCCUACUGCGAUAACAUGGAAUAUCCUAUUUCAAUAAAACCUGAACCGUGUGUAACAGUGAAAGGAAGCCAGGGAUUUCUGCAUAUUUUCUUCAUUCCAAGAAAAGACAUUAAAAAAUUAUAUCUCAAUUUGCAUUUAUCUAUUAACACUUUGGAGUUCCCAAUGCGCAAAGAAGUUAUUUGCCGAGGAUCUGAUGAUAAAUAUUCUUUUUGUGGAGCUCUAAAAGGAGCUGGAGCAGAAUGUGCUUGUGGGGAAUUGCUGGAGAUGAGCCCAGAACAGGGUGGGCAGCAGCAGGCAUGUAAGUCGUGUGCACAAUACUGGUCUGCAGCUUGCCGUCAGUGGGUAGGGAUGACCCACAGAGAUGUCCAUUUCUGCAGACAGCUAGUGUCCAUAUGGAAGGAGGAGGGGAUUAGCUGGCAGGACACUUGGGUGGAAGGAAGAGCAGCUGGGAGAUGGUGAGAGGCCAUGAAGGAUGAACAGAGAUGGUGGACCUGGAGUCAAGGGGAGGAGACCAGGAGAGCAUAUUGGUUGACAGGACUGGUGGAUAUGCUGACUAAAUUGACGUGGUAG